AUGAUGAAAAAAAAUUCAAAGGAGUUAAGAAAUUCAUCACAGAAUUUGAGCUUGCUGAAUGAGGAAGCGAACGAAGGAGGGGAUGCAGCCGAGGUGGACGAGGACGACCAUUUUCGGCUGGAAGCAACUGUUGACAACAUGGCAAGGAAAAAGCUGGCCAAGUUAAUCAGCUUGGAUAGUGGGGCAGGGCUAGCCCAAUUCAAAAGGUUCACCCGGUUGAAGACGUUUUGGAAGUCAGGGGGCGCUGCAUAUGAAGCGGCGUACCAGGUGGAAGGGAACACACAACAGGAAAAGGCGCAACCAACAUGGCAUGGGAAACCCCCGGAGCAUUAUCACCCAAAUAAGGAGCCCAGUAGCAGCUACCUGAGCAAAAACAACGGAAAAGCAAGUUCAAAAGGAACGGAAAAGGGUAACCGCAGUCCAAAGCUGAGACGGAAAUUUUGCGCGCUCCUACAAAUGAUAGGCAAGAAGAAAGACGCCAUAAAUUAUGAUGGCCACAGAAAAGGGGAGGUAACAACUUCGACGGGUUACACUCCUUUCGGUGGGAGCGGAAUUUCCUUGACCAAUUCAGGCGAUGAGAUAAUAUGUCCAAGAAGGAUGAACGGCGGGUUGCCCUUUUUCACCACAGAAGGUUGCCAAUCAGGGAGGAAGGGAUGCCUAUACAAGUGUAAAAAUUGUGGGGGAAGUUUGAAGGAGGCGCAAGACAGAGCAGGCGCGAAAAAAGCACAAGGGGCAGAUUUCGAAAAGUGCCAAAAGUACGAAACGUGCGAUAAAUGGGAAGAGGUGAAACGGCUCGCCGAAAGCGAAGCAGCCCGUGUCCACCGCUCCCAUCGCGCUUUCUGUCGGGAGAGGAACGAUGCGCCGUGUCUAGAGAACAUAAAACAACUGCUUCAUCUUUGCGAUGAACAAAUGAAGGAUCUGGUGCAAAUCUCCAACUUUGAGAUAGACCUAGACAUUAACUCCAUUUAUUUUCACUUUGUCGAGGAAAAUAGCAACAGCUUUAUAUCCAUAUAUAACAUAAAUCACAGUAAAAAUAUUUUCGACGUAAAGCAAUUCAAAGGAUAUGCAAAUGAAAAAAUAACGACAUAUAAGCAGACUUCUUUUCUCAAUUUGGGAACAUACGUGUGUAACAUAUCUGUUCAGGAGAGUUGCUAUUUUUAUUAUGAUAUAUCUGGGGAAUCUACCUCUUCCUUCUACUCCUCUGCUGCAUCCCGCGAUGGUAUCUUCCUCAGGGGGGGAAAGAACAACCGUGAGGAUACUCCCCCGGGGAGAAGUCACCACGGGGGAAGUCACGAGGCGAGGCUGAAUGCAACUCACCGUAGUAAUGUCUCCCAUAAGAAGAGCAACUCCUAUGGCUGCACAGAGUUAGACGGAGAAGUAGGGGAUAACCAUGUAAUGGAAGAGCUGCACAGAUUAUACCCCACCAAUGGGGGAUCCUCAAAUAGAGAACGUUUAGAGGACAUCCCUGUCGAUAAUGGAAAGUGGGGGUCAAAAUGGACGUGCGAGUCGAAAUGCACGUGGGAGGACCCUACUGCGAAUAUGGAGGGACAUCCCCUCGUGAGUAACCACACGGACGUUCAUCAAAAUGGUAAAGGUCCUCUCUGCAGAGGGGAAAGAGAAAAGGCAGACAUCUUAAAUGGUGCGAAAAGGGACCUGAUUUUGCCUCCAAUUGGAGAUGGUGAAGAAAAGAAGGAAGAGACCACAAAAUCGACGGAGUUACAUUUUGAUAAUAAGUCGAAAAGUAACUCAAAGGGUGAAAACAGACUGGACGUAGAGGACCCCGCAAGUAAGGGAUCCGCCAAGGGGGUCAGCGGUGGAGUGGACGUGGAUAGCAGCAAAAUGGACUCAUUCAGCACGAUUAAUGCAUCCUUCGCGGAUGAGCAUAGCCCCCCCAUCCGCUGUGAAGAAACAGAAGCCGGCCCCCCAAGCGAUGUCGUAGUCUUCCGUUCCGACCAGUCAUGUGAUUACCAAAAGUACUACGAAUUUAAAGACAACCAUUUGAGAGGAGGCAGAUAUAUGUUGGAGCCUGGGAGAGUACACGAGGUAACGGACGAACGUGUGAUCAGUGGGGAGAAUGAAAACAUGGGGCAUCGGUCCAGAGGGGAAGCAAGCCAAGAGGAGGCACUCCGAAAUAGGUCCACUAUGAGCAGUAGCGAUAUGUGGAACCCGGACAGGGUGGAAACAACGGGAAGUCAACAUUGGGAAGGCUCCUUUGAAAAAAACGGAGUAGGAAAAGGUGACCAAGGGAAUGCCCCUAUAUGGCGAAGGAAGGGGAUCCCCAGACAGCUUCUCCUGAAGUUGAGGAAAAUGUGUGAGGGAAGAGCGACGGCCGGGGAAAAUUGCACCAGGAUAAAUGUACACAGCCAAGGGAAUAGCAAACGGGAAGAAAAAGACGAAAAAAUAGAAAGUGCCCAAUGGGAUCACUCACGAGGAGGUCUAAAUGCGCACAUCCAGAAGGAUAUAAAAAAAGAAAAUCAAUUACUGACAAAUGAAUACAUCGAUAGCACCUUUGAUGAAAUAUAUUACAUUCAAAGGAUUAAUGCAGAUAACGAUUCACUGUUCGUUUUUGUUAAAAUUUAUCAGAUAUAUAUUUUUUCGAAGAAAUGGAAUAGAAACGGCAGUGGUGGCAAGGGUAGUGCCAAGUGGACAAAUCAAGGGGGGACCCUUUCUGAUGAGUCCUCGCCGUGCCGCACGAACGUUUCUGUGUAUGUGCUCAUAAUUUUAAAAAAUAGCCUCCUUAAAUAUAUCAUAAAAAAAAAAAUACUUAACGAAAUUAGCAGCCGUGUAGACAAAUGGAAAAAACACAUCAUCAUAAAAGCUGAACAUAUUAAGGACGGUUCCCUGCCGUUGUGUAUUCGAAUGAUUGAAAGAAAUGACGAUGUGGUUGAUUACGUCAUUAAAAAUGUAGCUUACUUUUUCGAUAAUUAUUUGCGAGAUUUCUUCCACCUCCUUGUUGCACAUAUGAAUGACUUUUUUGGCCCAGGUCAAAAUAGGACGGUAGAAAAUUAUUUCCAACGGUCAAGUAAAAAAGUGUAUCAUUUUGUUCAGAAGAAGAAGGUUCACCUGCGCAACAUGUAUAAUGAUAUUGUACGAAAAAAUCAGGAGAAAAAAAAGAAAAAAAAAACAAGACAAAGGAUCGAAGCCAACCAAAAAAAGGACCCAAAAAAGUACACAUUUUUCACCUAUCCGUUUAAAAGGAAGAACGAAAAUAAAACGGGUGACUCUCCUCGUCAGGAUGACUACUCAUUGCGGAGUUCCAUUUUUGAACCAGCCUUUUAUUACAUCACCUCAAAUGAAGUGGCACACAAUUACAUAAUUUAUAUGAACCAUAUUUAUUUUAGAAGACUACUUUUGUUGUAUCUUUUCGUUUUUGUAGUUUACUUGGUAGUGAGCCGUUGUCCAGUGGUUGCCCUGUAA